CGGCUGCUCCAGGGCGCCGGGCCCUCGUCGGCCGCGGCACGGCCCGGGCUCGGCGACGGCCGGCGGCAGGGAGGCUCGGCGCGCGGCGGCGCCGCCACAAGUUGCGCUGCUGGCGGCGAGGUAACUGAAGAUAGAAAACAGGCCUUGAAAUAAACCCUCGAAGGAAGAAGGGAUUUGCCUGCAUUUGGCUCUGAGCAGCUCCUGGCAGACACUUUGAAGUUUAUAUGAUCGGAUGCUGGGGAGCUCACUGGUUCAAAGGUCUACACAUGAAGUCACCAUAAAGAGGGUGGCUCCCGCAUCGUACGGACCUCAUCGCUGCGAGGUGAGGCUAAGAUGAGCAUAACCAGUGACGAGGUGAACUUCCUGGUGUAUCGCUAUCUCCAGGAGUCAGGUUUUUCCCACUCGGCGUUCACGUUCGGCAUCGAGAGCCAUAUCAGCCAGUCCAACAUCAACGGGACGUUGGUGCCGCCAGCCGCUCUCAUCUCUAUCCUGCAGAAGGGACUGCAGUAUGUGGAGGCCGAGAUCAGCAUCAACGAGGAUGGCACGGUGUUCGAUGGCCGCCCCAUAGAGUCGCUGUCCCUGAUCGACGCUGUGAUGCCUGACGUAGUACAGACACGGCAGCAGGCCUUCCGGGAGAAGCUCGCUCAGCAGCAGCAGGCCAGCGCGGCGGCGGCGGCGGCGGCGGCCACGGCGGCCACGGCGGCCACGGCGGCCCCAGCGGCCCCGGCGGCCAUGGCCCAGCAGCACCCACCAAAGAACGGAGAGGCCACGGUGAACGGGGAGGAGAACGGAGCACACGCGAUAAAUAAUCAUUCGAAACCAAUGGAAAUAGAUGGGGACGUUGAGAUUCCACCCAACAAAGCCACAGUCCUUCGGGGCCACGAGUCUGAGGUGUUCAUUUGUGCCUGGAACCCUGUCAGUGAUCUCCUAGCUUCCGGAUCUGGAGACUCGACGGCAAGAAUAUGGAACCUUAAUGAGAACAGCAAUGGCGGCUCCACGCAGCUCGUGUUGAGGCACUGUAUACGAGAAGGAGGACAUGACGUGCCGAGUAAUAAAGACGUGACCUCACUGGAUUGGAACAGCGACGGGACGCUGUUGGCGACGGGUUCCUACGACGGCUUCGCCCGAAUAUGGACCGAAGACGGCAACCUGGCCAGCACCUUAGGGCAGCAUAAAGGCCCCAUCUUUGCCUUGAAAUGGAACAAAAAGGGGAAUUACAUUUUGAGUGCUGGUGUAGACAAAACAACAAUAAUUUGGGAUGCUCACACAGGAGAAGCCAAACAACAGUUUCCGUUUCAUUCCGCGCCCGCCCUCGACGUGGAUUGGCAGAACAACACUACCUUCGCCUCCUGCAGCACCGACAUGUGUAUUCACGUCUGCAGACUCGGCUGUGACCGCCCGGUCAAAACCUUCCAGGGACACACAAAUGAGGUCAAUGCCAUCAAAUGGGAUCCUUCUGGAAUGCUGCUAGCAUCCUGCUCUGAUGACAUGACGUUAAAGAUCUGGAGUAUGAAGCAGGACACGUGCGUCCAUGACCUUCAGGCUCACAGCAAAGAGAUCUACACCAUAAAGUGGAGUCCCACCGGGCCAGCCACCAGCAACCCAAAUUCCAACAUCAUGCUAGCAAGUGCUUCGUUUGAUUCUACGGUUCGACUGUGGGAUGUGGAGCGCGGCGUUUGCAUCCACACGCUAACCAAACACCAGGAACCGGUCUACAGUGUAGCUUUCAGCCCCGACGGGAAGUACCUGGCCAGUGGCUCCUUUGACAAGUGUGUGCAUAUCUGGAAUACUCAGAGUGGGAGUCUCGUGCACAGCUACCGAGGCACUGGCGGCAUCUUCGAGGUGUGCUGGAAUGCCCGAGGGGACAAAGUGGGCGCCAGUGCAUCCGACGGCUCUGUGUGUGUUUUAGAUCUUCGGAAGUAAACACAAAAUAUCCUAGAGCAGAAUUGUAACGGACCAGCGGUGAAUGUUGUGGGGGUGCAGCGCUCGUCAGACACGGUUCUAUCCGCUCCGAAACUGUAUGAACUUGACUUGCAUUAGAGUGUACUUGGAAAUCAGCUCAUCCCCGGCCGCGGGAGUCUCUAUUUUUUUGUAACCUUCAUCAGGAAGUUUAAAACAGAAGCAUACACAGUCCUAUCAAAGGGGGAAAGGAUGGUUUCCACCCAGAACAUUCAGCCUGGGAAGCACGAAGCCACCAGCUAAACGGUGCACGGUUUGGUUUCCAUCCAGAACAGGCUCUGAUGGCUGAGAGAAAAGCAGGAGGAAAAAAAAAAGGAAAAAAAGCUGUGCCAAAAAAAGGAAAAACAAGAAAAAUGCUGUGAUAAACCAAAAGGGGGGGGGGGCUCUCCUCCACGUGGCGGGUUUGUUUUUUCCCCUAACAAUUUGGACACUACAGUUGUUCUCACAAAGGAUGUUCAAAGACCAGUUUGUACCGAUGAAAUGCGCAACUUUGUAAUCCCAACACUUUCUAUUUUCUAGAAUCUUCUUUGUCCGGUGGUUUUUCUAUUGGCUGGAAUCCUGUUGUCUGGGGGCCUUCAGUCUGAGAUGGAAACUGUUUUUGGUUUGUUGCUUCUUUCCCGUUGUCUGGCCCUCCUGCACCUUUCUCCUUCGUUCCGUGUGGUCUUGGUGUGCGGUACACCCUCAGUAGAUGCAGCCUCGUGGACACCGUGACGGAAUCGGGGGCGGACAGCUUUCCCGUCCCCUCCUCCCCCUUCCCUCUCCCCCAUUGCCCCUCGCUCACUCUCUCUCUGUCCCUUUCUCAUAGUUGCUUCGGAUCUUAGGUCUCAAGGGCACUUUCGGCGCGUAAUAAGUGCUUUAUGUAAGCAGGCAGGGCAGGGGGACUUUUUACAGGAGAAAAAAAUACUUAUAAGAGAGAGAGCCCGGAGUAUUUUUGGAAAAAAAAAAUAUUUUUAUGUUAAAACAAUUUUAAAAUCCUAAAAUGGUCAUCAGACAUAGAGAGCUUUGUGUGAUUCAUAUUUUAAACAAAUUUUAGGAAGACACAGGCAGGGUCUGAGGUCGCUUUUUCCUUUCCCUUCAGCUUCAUGAAAGGCGGUUAGAAGUCUGGGUGGGAAAAGGUCGGUCCUGUGCCUCGGUCACGGGAUUGCUCUGCCUCGAGAGUGAGAGCCCGGCGCUGUGGGCUUCGCAGAUGAGCGCGGUGUCUCGCAGGGCGUGUGUACCCUCGUAGCCGGAGGGAGAGGGCCGGAGAACGGUGCCCUCUGACCCCAGCAGUCCCCGGACCAAAUGGUAUCGAAGACGCCAGGCACAACUCAACAGCUGAGCUCCGCGUCCCCUCGACAUCUCGUGGAUGGCACUGUAGAUACCAGUGGUCGCGUCACCGAGAGCAGGGUGACCCGUCCUCGCAACGCCGACCUGAAAGGCUCCAGGAUCUCCCCUGCUCUCCUGAUGACAGAAAUGAACGGGGAAGGAAGAUGUUCAGGCCCGGAGGUGAAUGACCUAGGUAGAAACGUCACUAAUAAUUUCUGCUGUCUUCAUAAUUUCUUUCUCUCGCAAAAGACUAGGAGAAAGAUUUUUUUUUUUUUUUAAAUAAUCUUUUUACUGUUUUUAAAAAAUUAAACAUGGCUUUGUGUUCCUAGAGGAGUUUCCUUUCAUUGGAUCAGGUGACCUUUGUAGUCUUGUCACAACCCGACAGGGACCUAGUUUUGAAGUGAACAAUGGGGAAGAACCGAAAGAUAAGGCCUCUUGUCUCCUCUGUUUCCCAGCGGGCACAGGAAGAGAUGAGGAAGUUGGCCAGGACUGGGGGUGGGGGGUCCGGUCGUGGGCAGGUGUCAGCUGGGUGUGUGUUCCGGCAAUGAGACAGGAUGUUCGAGGGUGGCCUCCGUCCAUGCAGCCAAAACCCAAUGGGCAGGGCAGGGCAGGGCAAGGCCUUCCUACAGAACUUGGAAUGGGCCGGGACCAGCUACAAAGACUAGAGUGUGUUCAUUCUUCUCAGAUCAUUAAUUGGCUUGGAUACCGGAGUCAUUCACGCCCUGUCUACACGAGACCAAAGUGCUCUGUGUCCAACUUGGGUAUUUUAUUCUGGCUCUGUUACCUAAAUGCUUAGCCCAGGGGUCAGAGUUCCGUGGAGUCACCACUCCCAUCUUUGAAGAUAGCAGAUGAUUCAUUGCCUGGCCCCAAGACAUCAUUAGGUUUGGGGUGCAGUUUGUUGGGGAUCCAGACCAACACCAUCUCAACUCCCUACCCCAAGUAAAAAUGUCACCUCUACAGAGCUUAAGUUGUUGAGGGGUGGCCUGCAGUCGGGACAUGGCUUGUGUUUGACAAGUCAGACGCUGUUGGGUGGCCAUGGCGAGACAUCCUGUAAGGGGUUCAGUAGAUAAUCUUCACAGGGAGGUCAGGAGCCCAGUCCUUAGCCUCCUGGUGACUCUGAGUCACUUGGGAACGAUGAGGUAGGAGCCAAGGGCUGGAAGGCCACGCACAACACAGGCUUGGCCGCUGUGUGCAGGAGUGAAGCUGGUGAGGACAAAGGCCCACUGUCCGCAUCCCUAGCUUCCCCGAGCAGCCGUUGCCGAGCAGCUCCCCAUGGGCCUGCCUGAAGAGGGACCAACCAGGAGCGGGCGGGCAGCGCCCCUUCCAUCCAUCCCCAUCCUCAGCACAACGACCACCAGCCAUCGAGCCUGCGACACUCGCCCUCUGCCAGAAAGCCGGCAGCUUCAUCUCCGUCAUCGAGGGAUGGCCCGUGGGUGAAGUUCCUGUUUGUCCUUUGUUUCCAGCUCUGAGAAAUUGUGGGUAAAUGCUUAUGUCUUAGUGACCAAAUGGAACCUUAAUUCUGAAAUCAGAGUAACACGAUGAUCCUUCGCAGAAUCUUCGGUUGGGUUUCGAGUGACCAAGAGCGUGUCCCGCACGCCCACCCGGGAGAGGGAUGCUGUCCCGAGGCAGGGGGAGCGAGGGCCGUCCGUGACAGGGUGUCCACCCUCUGACCCCACACGACACCUAGGACUUGACGUUUGUCUUUCUAAACCUCGAUCACGGAGCCGAGUGAAGUGCACUUUGUCAAAUGUAAGGGUCUGCCUUGUUAUUUUUAGCCUUCUGUUCCACCUUUUUCUUUUUUCUUUUAAUCGUGUUUCUUGUCAAAUGCAGAAAUGUUCCUUCCGCCACUCACUGAGGUUUUUGAAUUCUGGCUUCUGCAGUUUUUAUUGUCUGUGUCAGACGUACAGCCAGAUGUGGUCCUCUGUCUGCAUUUUCUAGAUUCUGUUCCAUCCACAUCGACCCCCGUUUGGUUCUCCUCCACCCCCACUCACCCUCACGCUCUCUGAGAAAAGGAAUCACCUUGUGUGUUGUAGCUCAUUUGUUUCAAGAGAAAAUCAACAGAUCGUACUCAGUGUCUUGAAUAAA